AUGUACACGAGUCGUUUUGCUCGACCUAUCCCGGUCACUCUCAGCAAUUCAGAAAUCGUACAAGUUGCGGAGGCUGUGGUGUUCACGCUGCGGGCCCUGGGGUUUCAAUGUGUUCUGGUGGGAGGAGCAGCCUGUGGCGCAUUUGGAAUCUCGCGGGUCGCUACGGAUGUAGACGUUGUGGUUUUGACCACAGAUGUUGGUCAAGAAGAGAUCAAACGAAGGCUUGUUGCCAAAGACCCCAAGUUCAUUCUCGUGGCCUCCAAGAACCCAUACGCAUCCUAUAAAGUCUUGUGGUAUGAGAUACCUCCGUCCCCCUCAUCCCCCUCAUCCCUGUAUGCGGCGUCCCGAUCGUGCAAGGUCGACGUUCUCGUACCAGGGAUAAUGAGUAUUCCUGACGUCCCACGCGGGUAUUCGGUGGUCACUAUCUCUGGGGAAUGGAAAGGACUCCCCCUCAUGCCAUUCAUUCCCCUGUUGAUGCUGAAGCUCCAGGCAUGGAUGGAUCACCGCCAAGCCGACAAACAAUACCUGCGAGAGAAACAACACACAGAUGUUCGCGAUAUCGGGGAGCUACUCGAUAUUGGAAUGCGCCACAAAUACACCUUGGCUGCAGAAAGAGCCUGGAUACCUGCCAGCUUCAUUCAGGCGGCUGAACGUCGAAUUCCUGAAUAUCUCGUUUACUAUCCGCUGACCGCCGAUGAAUGGAAGAAGAUUGGGUUCACGUGGAUAUCUCGAUCUUCUUCAUCCCUCACGCAUGCCAACUUAUUGCGUUCCUUCAAUUCCUUGUCUACAUGA